CGCGGAGGAGGAGCCGGGGGCUGGUCCGAGGCGGGCGGUGCCGCCGCCCGGGCAGCGCGGGGGGCUCGGCGGCAGGCGCGGCGCGGCGGAGCGGGGCUGCGCCCGUGACUUCGGCUUCUCCCUGCAGAGCCCGAGAGGCGCCGGAGCCGCUGAGAGGACAAGGGCGCUUUUUCCCGGCCGGUGACCGCGGGGCGGGCCCCGGGGGGGGACCGACGGAAGGAGCCGGCGAAGAGGCAUCCCGGCAUCCCGAAGCAGCAUCCCGGCGCGGUGCGUCCCGUCCCCGGCCGGCCGGGUGCGUCCCGCCGCCCCGGGCCAUGGGCCGGCCCGCCUGAGCGCCCGCGGGGACCCGCCCGGGGCUGCCCGCCGCGCCGGCGGCCGAGGCGGGGCCGCAGGGGUCCCGGCGCGGGGGAAGAUGCCCUCCGCGGGGCGGCCGGCCGGCUGCCGCCUCCUCCUCCUCCUCCUCUGCCAGGCUGCCUUUGGUCUUUACUUUCCCAGAAAAGAGUAUUCAGAGAAUGUCUACAUUGAUCAGCCAGCAGGUACGCCUCUCCUGCGCAUCCAUGCCUUGAGGGAUUCACAUGGGGAAAUGGCCCACUUUCAUCUGUGCCAGAAUCUCAUUAUUUCUCGAGCAAGAUCCCAUGAAAAUCAUUGGUUUCAAAUCAGAGAAAAAACAGGACUUCUCUACCUCAGCAAAAGCCUGGAUAGAGAAGAUUUUAACAUGUUGUCUGUAGGAAACUGGAUGCCAUUAUCAAAGGUGAUGCUGUAUGUAUUCCUUUCAUCCCACCCUUUCCAAGAGAAGGAAUGUGACUCUGCUACGCGCACCACAGUUUUCCUCUCCUUGAUCAAUGCUACUGCACCAGCUUGUAGUUCCCUGACAGCAAGGCAGCUUUGCUUCACAGAAAUGGAUCUCUCCUUUCACAUCAAGGAAAACAAACCACCUGGCACAUUUCAUCAGCUCCAGUUACCCUCUGUUCAUCAUCUGUGUCAGAAUAUCAGCAUUUCCUACCAAAUUCUGGCAGCUGAAGGUAUGCCCUUUCGGUACAAUGAGAACACCACUGGUGUGAGUGUGACACAGCGCCUAGAUCGAGAGGAGAGAGAGAGAUAUGAGCUGAUUGCCAAAUGUACCAUGAGAGAGGGCUUCAGGGAAAUGCAAGUUGAGGUGCCCUUCCUGGUGAAUGUGUUAGAUGAAGAUGACUCUCCCCCCUUCCUUCCCAAUGGCACGGAUACUGCAGAUGCUGUCGUGGAGUUCAACAGGAAAGAGGGCACUGUUCUUGCAACACUAACUGUAUACGAUGCAGACACCACACCUAUUUAUCCCCUUGAAAGCAGCAGAAAGAAAUACACAGGAACCAUCAUUACCGACGAUCCCUGGAUAAGUGAAACAUUUCGGGUAGAGCACAUCUUUGAUGAAAUCCAUUUCAGCCCUAAUGGCAGCCAAGUGAGAGGAACAAGACAUGAGUACAAACUGGUACUGAAUAAAAGUAUUUCAGUCACAGAGCAUCGUUCCUUCCAGUUGGAUGUCUUGGUGAAUGACACGGAAUUUCAUGGCCCAGAAAGAUCGGUGAUGCUUCAUUUCAAUGUCUCCAUCCUCCCUGUCAGCAUUCAGUUUCCAAACAUGACUUACCAGUUCCCAGUAAACAGAAAUGCUGAACGCUUUGCACAAAUAGGAAAAAUCUGCAUUGAAAACUGCAUGAAAUUCCGUGGUGUGAACAUCACCUACAAGUUACUAUCCCCCAAUGGAAGCUGCUAUCCUGUCAGCAUACUUCAAGGCCGAGAAGACAAAUAUGGAAGCCUUUAUGUGAAUGAUUCCUCUGUGCUCCACAGACCCGAAUGCAAGGAAAUACAAUACACUGUUCAAGCUACAGACAAGCAGAGCAGGAAACACACCAAAACCCUCCUCACUAUUGUAUUGGAAGGAACUCUUUUAAAAAAGGAAGAGGAUUGUCCUGAGUCUUGUGCUGUGAGUAAGCACCAUGCUGAAUGUGAAGAGUGUGGUGGCCUGGGAGUGCUAACAGGAAGAUGCCAGUGGAGACAGGGAAGUGGAAAAGGGAUCACCACAAACUAUUCCACAUGCACUCCGAGUAUCAAGACUUGUCCAGAUGGCAUCUGUGAUGUGAUUGAGAGCAAGGAUCCAGCUGUGUGCCCCCAAGACUGCACAAGUGGAAACAUUAUUGGUGGUCAUGGGAAAGGCACUGGAAAUCUUGGAAUUAAGUCAGGACACGGUAUUUGUUAUUGCUUCCCAAGGCAGAACUGUUAUUGUGAGAAAGAUGAUAUCAAGGAGCAACUAUGUGAUGACGUGUGCAAGACUGUGAUAGCAGGGGCAGUGCUGCUGUCCUUCAUCAUCUCUGUGCUGCUUUCUUCCUAUUUCAUCCAUCGUUACCACAAGAAUUCUCCAAAGCCACCUAUUGCCUCUGCAGAAAUGACGUUCCGGCGCCCAGCCCAGUCCUACCCCAUCAGUUAUUCUUCCACUAACGUCCGCCGGCCUUCUUUAGAUUCCAUGGAGAACCAGGUGUCUGUAGACACCUUUAAAAUACCAGAAGACCCAAAGUGGGAAUUCCCUCGGAAGAACCUAGUUCUGGGCAAAACUCUGGGAGAAGGAGAAUUUGGAAAAGUUGUCAAGGCAACGGCAUUCCGACUCAAGGGAAGGGCUGGCUAUACCACUGUAGCGGUGAAAAUGUUAAAAGAAAAUGCUUCCCAGAGUGAGCUGCGAGAUCUACUUUCAGAGUUCAACCUUUUGAAACAGGUGAACCAUCCUCAUGUCAUCAAACUUUAUGGAGCUUGCAGUCAAGACGGCCCGCUGUAUUUAAUUGUGGAAUACGCUAAAUAUGGCUCCUUGCGCAGUUUCCUCAGGGAAAGUCGAAAAGUAGGACCAAGCUAUGUGGGUAGUGAUGGCAACAGAAAUUCAAGUUAUUUGGAUAACCCUGAUGAGAGAGCCUUAACAAUGGGAGAUUUGAUAUCGUUUGCAUGGCAGAUAUCACGAGGAAUGCAGUACCUUGCGGAAAUGAAGCUUGUCCAUCGUGAUUUAGCAGCCAGAAAUGUAUUGGUGGCAGAAGGGCGCAAAAUGAAGAUUUCUGAUUUUGGCCUCUCCCGUGAUGUAUAUGAAGAAGAUUCAUAUGUCAAGAGGAGCAAGGGUCGGAUACCUGUUAAAUGGAUGGCCAUAGAGUCCCUAUUUGAUCACAUCUAUACAACACAAAGUGAUGUAUGGUCAUUUGGAGUCCUGCUAUGGGAGAUUGUAACUUUGGGAGGCAAUCCCUACCCAGGUAUUGCUCCUGAAAGACUCUUUAACCUUCUAAAAACAGGCUAUAGAAUGGAGAGACCAGAAAACUGCAGUGAAGAAAUGUACAACCUGAUGUUGCGCUGUUGGAAGCAAGAACCUGAUAAAAGACCAACAUUUGCUGAGAUCAGCAAGGAACUGGAGAAAAUGAUGGUGAAGAGUAGGGACUACUUAGAUCUUGCGGCUUCCACGCCUUCCGAUUCCUUACUUUAUGAUGACGGGCUCUCAGAAGAGGAGACACCACUCGUGGACUGUAAUAAUGCUCCCCUCCCUCGAACCCUCCCUUCCACAUGGAUUGAAAACAAACUCUAUGGCAUGUCAUACCCGAACUGGCCUGAGGAGAGCCCCGUUCCACUCACAAGAUUCGAUGGCACUAACUCUGUGUUUUCAAGAUAUGCAAAUGAUAGUGUAUAUGCUAACUGGAUGGUUUCACACUCAGCGGCAAAAUUUAUGGACAAGUUUGAUAGCUAAAAUUUUCUUUGUGAAAGGUAACGGACUCCUGAGGGGAACAAAGAUGCAAAGAAUGGAAAGUCCAUUGGCUCGUUCUUUGUACAAUCAACAACUAAGUUUAAAUUGGCAAAUCCUUUUAUUGGUAGUUUCUAAAGUGUGUUAUUCAUGCUGAAGACUAUAACUGGUGAUUUCCCCUUUCAGAAAACAUAUCAAGCUCGGUAAGAGUGAUAGUUCCAGUACUUCUUUCUAGAUUGCCAUUUUGCAUAUGGUUCCAUUUGGCAACUUCUUACUGCAAAUGGCCUCACACUUCAUUCUCGCUGUUUUUUAGACUAACCAUCCUGUGUUACAGCUUUCUUGGAUGGGAAAAUGUACUUGAACUGCUACUUUUAUAGUGGCUGUCAGCAUACGACCACUUGAUCUAAGCAGGAAGCACAAACAAUAUAUGGAAAGGAGGAGGGAAAUAGGCUACCAGAUUACUGAACUUGCUAUCAGAUGAGAAGUGUUAUGAUGAUGUUGGCACUAGCGAAGCCUCUAUCUUGGUUUGGAAGCAAACAUGAAGUAACUCAAUAGAGGACUUGAGAUUCAACAUUUGAAGUCUUGUAAAAUGUAUUGUCUUGUCUUAAUGAGAAGAGAAUUUGUUUUAUUAGUCUUAACUUCUCUUACCUUUAGCACAAUGGAGAUAAAUUUGAUACAAAAUAAGAUGUAUAGACUGAUGGCAAUCAAGAGUAUUCGUCUGACACAAUUUACUUUCCAUCACCUACACCUUACUAAUGUUAAAAUGUACAAUCAUAGUUCCUCUUAUGAGUUCAAAAUAGACUGUACAGGGUUUUUAGAUUGAAUACAAGUAAAGAGACUUUGUUUGUAGUCAUGUUCAAUGGGUUGGAGUCCUCCUCUCAGCUCCGAAUUGGAUACACUGCCAUGCACAGGACACUGCCAUGACAUAACUCCAGAUAAACCUAUUACAUUGAAAGUCAUGAGUAAACUACAUUUGCACAGCAAAAUUGGUCUGAAACUCUACUGUUAAUGAAACUAUACAAGGAAAAUGUCAUCGGAAAUUGUUAAGGUGAAAUAUAAAGAUGUUGUGCUUACAACACUGACUUGAUAUUUGGGAGAAUGACCAGACUGUGGGUUGUGUUCUGUGUGGAAACGUAAAUGAUCAGCACUACUUUUGUCUUUAUUUGUAAUCUAAUAUGGUUAAAGAUAACUUUUUAUUUGCUACAAAUGUUGGGACGUAAAUCCUGAGUGACUCGUUGUUAGCGUUGUGAUGGUUAUUCUAAAUAAUCCAAUUCUACCAAAGCUUGCUCCUGUCACUUACAGUCCAAUUUAGCUGUUUUCAGAUGUUGUUUUGUGUAUCAACUUUAUGUUUCCAUUAAAGUCUGUGAUUUCAGAAACAUGAGAGUCAGACUGCCAAAACCUGAACACAGGUUUCUAUUUUACCAAGAGUGGGAUAAAAAGUGCUGUGUUAGAAUUUAAACACCUGCACUGCUGGAUAUCAUACUCGAUCCUGUCUUGGUUUCGGACAAGCACUAAGCAGAGUGACUUUUUCUUUGUGCAAACUUUUGCUGUAUUGUGUAAUGCUUAUGUACAGUAAACAGAUUUAGCUAUGUAUAGAGAAGGGGUUCAGUUGUGAUAUAAUGGUGAUCUUCACUGGCAUAACACAACUGUCAGAAUGCAUACUUUUAAAAUAAAUGGCACUGAAAAUUAAGCCCAUUAUAUGGGCUUUCUUUUUUCUACUGACAUCUAUGAAAAAAGGAAAGAAAAAUGGCACUUUUGGUAACUUGUUGCUUUCUCCAGUCCUUUUCCUAUAUUUUAAGUCUGUAAAUGGGAAUUCUUUAUUUGCUAUGAGCAAUCAAGGCAUCAUUUGGGGUUUUUUUGGGUUUGGGUUUUUAUUAUUCAUUAAAUUAAUAAUUUAUUUUUAUCAGCUAUCUUCAACAACAGUAUUCAACUGGGAGAUGUGAAGCACCCAGUUUCUAACCAGAAAAGCCCUGCAACAACAUUGCUGUACAGUAGGUGAGUGAGAUAGUAAGUGAUGCUGAAAUAACCAGUGGAUGCAGAAAGUAUUGCAUAUUUUAGACUUCCAGUAUGAAACAAUGUUGCUUCACCCAUUAAUUCCUGUGAAAAAUAACACUAAUAGUUAUGGCCAUCUAUGUUACCGGACAUCGAUUCUGCAUAUAAAAUACAUAUAUACCUCAUAAUUAUAGUUGCCAGACAGAAUUACGUGCGUUAAGUGAAGCUUAAUGAAGAAUUUGUAACAAGUGUUUCCUAAUCUAACUAAUUGUGACUCCCUCCCUGCUCAUGAAUGUUGGUAAGAAAUAGACUAUUGCUUUCAAGUAUUCACCCAUAGUAUGAAAACUUCUCAUAUCUUCUGCAUACGCUAUUUUUGUAAAUAUUUGCCUUGAAGUGUUUCCUGUUUGUUCUCUGUUGCCAUUAGUCAGAAUGGUGACAAUCUUGUUUCAGUUCCCCAUUAGAGAGUAAAUGUACUUCCCAUGUGGGAAAAAAGUGAUACUGCAGAUGAUUAUUUCCAUCGGUUCCAGAAAUAGUUACACAUUUGGCUGCCCUGAGCAAAGUGAAUUCAAAGGGAAGAAAUGACUCACUUAAAUGUACAGGUUGGAGGGAAUAACUUUCUAAAAAUUUCUGCCAGCCUUUUCUAAAUAUUCACAGAGAUUACGUGGUUUACCUGGUCUGUGCUUUGAGCUGUGACAGAUGGGGGAGAGGGUGAAUCUCACAUGUCCUUCCAGUCAUUACAGCAACACAUGGAAAUUACUGUAAUAUUUGUUUCUACAAACUUUUCCAGAGGUAUGAUACUCGGAAAAACUACUGAGAGGUUGAAGAUUUUCAUCUUUAGACACUAGCCUGUUUCAUAUAAUAGAAAUUUUUUAAAAAUUUGUCCUGUGAAUAUCAGGCACAUAAUAUUUAAAUCAUGUGGUUUUAUCUACAAUUUAUCAUGCAAAAUGUGCAUGAAUCUCUAUGGUACACUCAACUGGACCUAGGUAAUUUUCAAGAGCAUACAGUAAAACCAAGUUUCUAUUCCUUGACAUUUUAGAAUUAAUUUUAUAUGAAUAAUACAAGCCUCAAAAUAUAUCUAAACAGAAUAUUUCUACUGUAACUUCUAAAACGUGAAAAAAAAAAAAAAAUUACUUAUAAUUUUGAAAUGCUGUGUUUCAAAACACAGCUCACCUAAAAGCUCUGUGUCUCUUACUGCAGCUACAAUAGUAAAUUUAUAGCAAAACACUAGAGAUUGUGUUCAGCAGCACCAGCUCCUAGGUAGCAGCAGCCAAUGUUGCCCAUAAACAAGGUGCAGAUUGUCCAUAGUGAGAUGAAUGGUUUGACUUUUUCAGGCUAAGCUAUCUUUCUGAAAAAGAACCCUAUGAUUCCCUAAAGAUGUAUAAAAGUAUGUAAAAUCUUAAUAAAAAAACCUGAGCUGUUGAGGUCCACUGCAUCUGACCAUAUAAUUUAAGAAGACUCUCUAAAGUUAGUGGGAUCAUUCAUGAAUAAAUUAUUCAUAAACAUUUUCUGGUCUAAAAUCAAAUAUACCAAUAGUCUGCUAGCAAAAGUACAAAAGAUAUUAUCAAAAUACGGAAAAGUAGCAAUAGUCCAGGUCUACCCAUCCCUAGCACAAUAUUCUAACUUGUCGACCUAGAAGCGGGUACUAGAUACUAGAGGACAGGUAAGCACAGAUCUAUCUCUAAUAUAUAUCUAGAAGAUUUUUCAGUAUUUAUCAAGUUCUUCAGUAAAGAUGAGUUGUUCACGUAAGCUGCAUUUCGUAUUUGUUUCUUAUUUCUAAUUCUUUGGGACAGCAACCUGCAUCUUCCAGUUAUGAUAGAGAGAGAUAUACUCAGUGCAUUUUGAGAAGAUGAAUAGUUCUCUUUUCAUGAUGUGCUUUUUGGUUUUACCUGGUUUUAUAAAGGGUUGCAUAGUAUCUCAACAGAUUUCUUGCUAAAAAAGUGGUUUUUUGAGCUGUUACGAAGGUUCAUUUUGCAAAUAACAUUCUGAAAUCAAAUAAAAAGGUUUUGCCUACCUGAGUAGAGACAAGUACAACUUCCCUUAAGGUCAUCUGAAAUAAUUAGCUCCUUACUUUUGGCUAAUGAGGUACACUUCAUAAAAAUCCAACUUCAUCUCAUCUGGAAGCUGUUUCAUAUGGAUUACAGGCAAAUCCAAAAUGGUAUGAAUAAUUUAGGAGCACUGCAGUUGUACUUUAUGUGUCAAGAAAUAAUUUUCCAAGUUUCUCUAUUAGCAAAGAGAAUGGAAAAAAAGUGUGUUCAUCUCCAAGAUAGUUAAAAAAAACUUAGUAACUUUUGAAAUCAAUGACAAUCUAAUGAUUGUUGUCAUUAGGUAUCAGACCGAGAGUCUGGUCCUAUCGUUGCCGAUACAAGAAAAUGUAUAUUAACAUACAAGAUAAGUGGUUUAAGUACAUUUUUACCUUGCCACAAGAAAAGCUUUCCAUUUAAUUAGCUAAGCACAGAAGUUUGUAGAGGUUCAAACCAUUACACUGAUAACAAGUAAUGUGCAUAUUUUGAAUAAAUAGUGAUGUUUACAAUA